AGCUGCUCCCCACCAGUUCAUUUCCAGUCCAUCUCGUUGCGCAUAUGCACGAACACGCACCACUGCUCACAGCGGAUCACGGAGACAACAAAGGGACCUGCACGGGAGACAAGGAGGAGGAAGGGGAGGGGAUCACUGAACUCUUUCUGGCAAACAGACACAGUCCGUCACGCUGGAGGUGUCCGUCACAGAGGCGUUAAUUACGCGCGUGGACAGCACCGCCGUGCUCGUGAGCCUCGGCAGCCAGAUGGAGAUGGAGCAUUUCGACGACCGGGACAAAGGUCAGAGGCAGGGUCGGUCCAAUGCCAAGAUGAACGGCGUGCACAGUCCGACCCACAGCGCGCACUGCAGCCUGUACCGUGUCCGGACCCUGAAGACCCUGAGCGCCGAGAAGAAGGCCAAGAAGGUCCGCUUCUACCGCAACGGGGACCGCUACUUCAACGGGAUCGUGUACGCCAUCUCCGCCGACAAGUUCCGCACGUUCGACGCCCUCCUGGCGGACCUGACCCGCUCCCUGUCCGACAACGUCAACCUGCCCCAGGGCGUCCGGACCAUCUACACCCUAGAUGGAUCCAAAAAGAUCACCAGUAUUGACCAGUUGAUUGAAGGUGAAAGCUAUGUGUGCAGCUCUGUGGAGGCUUAUAAGAAACUGGACUACGUGAAAAAUAUGAAUCCCAACUGGUCAGUGAAUGUCAAGGCAGCUGCAACGUCUUCUCGCGGGCCUCCUUCCUUAGGGAGUGCCAAAACCGGUGGCCCUGAGAACCGUGAAAACAAGGACUUUAUACGUCCAAAGCUUGUGACAGUGGUGCGGAGUGGAGUGAAGCCUCGUAAAGCUGUUAGAAUCCUGCUCAACAAGAAAACCGCCCAUUCCUACGAACAAGUCCUGACCGACAUUACCGACGCCAUCAAGCUUGACUCUGGAGUGGUGAAGAAGAUCUACACACUGGAAGGCAAACUGGUGACGUGUCUGCAAGACUUCUUUGGGGAUGACGACAUUUUUGUGGCAUGUGGACCAGAGAAGUUCCGCUACCAAGAUGACUUGAUGUUGGAUGAGAGUGAGUGUCGUAUGAUGAAGUCUGUGGCUUAUGGAAAGAUGGCUGGAUCUUUGACCCGAUGCUCCCCGAGAGCCGCUGUCCAAGCACGACGCAGCAAGUCCCCUGCAACCAUGAACGGGAUGCCAGCCAGUCAGCUGUCCACUCCUCAUUCGGGAAAAUCUCCCAGCCCCUCCCCAACCAGCCCAGGAAGCCUCAGUCAGCGCGGGGGGUCCCAGGGUUCUUCCACUUCUCUAUCUUCCGCUAAAGUUUCCAGCUCUGUGGAAGGUGGCGAAGGAGUGGUUACUGAAGCUGAGGUUCCAGUUGACGAAGUUCCUGCAGUUCCAUCCUACAUAUCAGACCGCUACAAGGUGGGGCGCAUGUUAGGUGAUGGGAACUUUGCAAUUGUUCGGGAGUGCGUGGAGCAUUCCACAGGGCGAGAAUACGCACUAAAGAUCAUCAAUAAGGGCAAAUGCAGGGGAAAGGAGCACAUGAUCCAGAAUGAGGUGGCCAUCCUCCGAAGGGUCAAACACCCAAAUAUUGUCUUGCUCAUAGAGGAAGUGGAUACUUACAGCGAACUCUAUCUGGUCAUGGAGCUGGUCAAGGGGGGAGACCUGUUCGACGCUAUCACCUCUGCCAACAGAUACACUGAGCGAGACGCCAGCGGCAUGCUCUACAAUCUCGCCAACGCCAUCAAAUACCUUCAUAGCCUGAACAUAGUACACAGAGACAUCAAACCGGAGAACCUGCUGGUGUGUGAACAUGCAGAUGGCAGCAAAAGCCUGAAGUUGGGAGACUUUGGAUUGGCCACCAUGGUGGACGGCCCCCUGUACACCGUGUGUGGGACUCCGACAUAUGUAGCACCUGAAAUCAUUGCAGAAACAGGGUAUGGCCUUAAGGUGGACAUUUGGGCAGCUGGUGUCAUCACCUACAUCCUGCUGUGUGGUUUCCCCCCCUUUCGCGGGAGCAGUGAUGACCAAGAAGUGCUUUUUGAUCAGAUCUUAAUGGGACAGCUGGAGUUUCCUCUACCAUACUGGGACAAUGUGUCAGAUACAGCCAAGGAGCUGAUUCGAUCCAUGCUGGAGGUGGAGGUGGAUCAGAGAUACACUGCACUUCAGGUGCUGGAGCACCCCUGGGUGACAGAUGAGGGCGUGUGUGAAAAUAAUCACCAGCUGUUAGUAGCAGGAAAGUUAAAGAAGCACUUCAACACCAAUCCGAAGGGCAGCGAUUCCACCGCUGGAGUGUCAGUCAUCUCUCUGGACGACAGCUUUUCUAUGCAGAGAUCCGGGUCGCUGGAUUUCUACCAGCACCCGGCCAUGUACUGGAUAAGGCCACCCCUCUUGAUAAGGAGGGGCAGGUUCUCCGACGAGGAUGCCACCCGGAUGUGAUGCCACUGCCUUUGCAGAAAAUGCCGACAGCAGCAACAAAAGCCCAAAGGGCGGAGCCACCCAGUUGCCUCCCUGGCCUGCUCGCACCUCCUCCCUCUCUGACCCCUGACACUUGCUCUGACCCUUCCCCAAGCCCUGACC